AUGCCAUCACUUCCAGGUCACAUCAGCAGUGAUGUAGACACAUCACUGCAACAUCAGCUGAACCUUCCUCCUGCUCCUGCAAAAACCAGGACAUGCAAACGUGUAUUGAGCAAAGAUGUUGCCAUAAGCUUCCUCCUUAUUCUUGUUAUCAUCCUUAUCAUAGUGCUCUUGGCAACUAAAAGAACUGAGCAGUGGAGCUGUGCACAUGGUGGAUACUGCAGUGCCCAAUGUCCACAUCAGUGGAUUGGAUAUGAGGAGAAGUGCUACUUCUUUUCAGAGGAAAAACUGAACUGGACCUCCAGCCAGGCCUUCUGUUCUGUAUACAAUGCCUCCCUGGCUAGUUUUGAACAAGAAGAAAAGGAUUUUGUGAUGCGAAUCAAAGAUGAAGGUACUUAUUGGAUUGGCUUAAAAAAGACGUCAAAUCAGUCCUGGGUGUGGCCAAAUGGGGAGAAGUCAGUGCUCACAGUCACUGGUGGAAGUGACUGUGUCUAUCUAGACAAUGAAGUCAGCUCUUCUGGGUGCCAUGCAGAACUACCUUUCAUCUGCAGCAAAGCUGCUGGAUGCACACUUUCAUAAGAACAGCAAACCCUGUUAGAUCAGACCAGUGGUCCAUCCAGUCCAACAUCCUGCU